CUUGAAACAAAAUGGCGGAGUGGGUAUCAGAUGAGAUAGUGAAAGUGGCCUCGCGGUUUGGGCGUAAGGCAGGAGGAUAUCAGCGGGCUUCCGGUAGAAAUGAUUCGAAUUCAAAUAGAAUUAACAAAAGUUUUAUAAUAACUUCCAAACACAAAGGUCUUCGGAGUAUUUACGAUUCUUCUUUGAUCAAGUUUCAAUAUGGGACGGUUAUGGAAAUAUCAACUUGUUCUGAUCUUCAAAUGCUGGUGUUUCUUCUCUGUUGCUGUUGUCAAAGUAAAUGUUUCGAUGGCACGGGUUUUAAGUGUGACACGUUCUGGUGCGAUAGGAGACUCAUUUGAGAUUGAAUUAGAAUCGAACGGGUGCUCAAGCUGUCAACAAUAUGGCGCUAUCCAGGUGAAUAAUGUAUCAGCUAAUCGUUGUUCUUGUUCUUGCAACGACAAAAAGAAGCGUACGUUUUACACAGCACACACGGGGACGAUGAGCUGUACAGAAGACAGAGGUAUUUUGGCAGAUCCAAGAGAGGGUAAGAUUUUUUUUUCAAUUUUGAAACAAUAUAUUUUUGUGUUUCUAGAUGAGUACUUACAAAUGAUAUUAAUUGUCAAGCUAAGCACCCAUUUAUUGUUUACUUUUAAGAGCGAAAACCAAGGUGAAAGUAUUAUUUCCUGUGCAUUGUAUCAAAUAAGAAACAGAAUUGAGAUAUUGUUCUUCCAGAAUUAAGUUGUGUGAGGGGGCUAGUUUUCUAAACUUAAGAAAUUAAUGAGGCAUACUACAAGAUUAUUUUGUUUCAUCAUCUGUCUUGAUAGUGUAAAUUUGCCACCAUAAAGAGUUUCUGUGGCUGUAGUUUUGAGUAUUAGCCCAUCAUCAGAGCAUUUAACUUAAGAUGAAGAGCUGACGCUCAAAAUGUCAGCUUCAGAAACUAUUUCUGGAGACCAAAAGUUAGUUGUGGUCAGUGUCAUGGCUAAUUAAGAGAGCUUUGCUAGUCAUUAGAAAGAGGAAAGGCUCAGGAAAGAGGGAUAUUGAAAAUCUUGUGGUCUACUAUCAAAUAAGUGCUAAGAAGAUAAAAAUAACGUAUUGUGAAUUCUUUUUUUCUGCUUCAAAUAAAUGAAUUGAGGAAAGUGGCUGGUAAAGAUAGAGUUUUGAAAAAUAUCCUGGUUUUUUUUUUUUUUUUUGAACUGUCAUUGUCCAGGAAGUAUUUGUGACUUCUACAUUGACCAAUCACAGCAGUUAAAGGUUCUUAACCUUCAAGUGAAGGGAGAAGCAAGACUGAAGCCGAAUGGUUUCUGCAGAAGACUCAAAAUUGCUGGAUGGAAAUUUUAUUUUAAUUCUUCAUGGACUUCCUUUCCUGCCGGUGAUGCCUUCAGGCAAACAAAGAAGCUACGUUCAGCAGCAAAUUUCAGUGUAGGUACUUUUCUAUUAAUCCCUUACACCCUAACAUUAGAAAGUUUAUUUUCCAUACAGUUUUAUAUAAUAAGCUCAGUUAUGCACGCAUUCUGAUUGGUCCUCACUUAUGAUCUAUUGGAGGACAGACAUAUAGAUGACGUCAUCAUUAAAAUUUUUUAAAAUUCUUUAUUACAUAAAACAAAUAGAUUCCAAGUUGCCGUGCAUCUGUUCAGUAAUAGAUCACAGAGGAAGUCAAAAUGUGGUAAGAACAUCAGUGACACACUCAGCUGCACCUCAUGUGCCACUUUUUUGUUCUUACCACAUUUUGAUGUCCUCUGUGAUCUAUUACUGAACAGACGCACGGCAACUUGGAAUCUAUUUGUUAAAUCCAUACAACAAUCAAGAGUUUCUUCAGUGGGUGAUCAUUUCUUUUACUCUCAUGACCUUAAUUUGUGAUUUGGCUCUGAUAUUUUAAGGGGCAAUUAGAUGCUUGUCACUCUAAGGGGUCAGAGAGUCAAUAUUAAUAAUAUACUUAUUUGCAAAUUACCAUCUCCCCCACCCCACCACCCAGCUGGUUCCUAUUUAUGAUCUUGGAUGGAUCUCUCUAUUGGGAGGCCAGCUUAAAAUGCACAAGUUGUAAAUUAGUUGCAUCUGAUAUGUAGAGAUUAUUCUAUGGAAAAUGGAAGAAUUUGGUGUUAGAUCAAGAUAAUACCUUUAACCCAAUAAGUUUGAGUAUUCUCAUUACCUUUUUCCUGGAUUAUGUAUGAAUAUGGUUGGGAGAAGUUAGAUGUUAAUCACUUUCGAGAGUUAUUUGAGGCAUAUGCCAUGGCUCUGGUGAACAAUGUACUAUUUAUACACCUGGAAACAAAUACCUGCAUGAUGAAUGAUGUUAUAAGUCUAAUUUGAUUUUAAUUUUUCAAUUAUAAUAUUUCAAACUAAAAUUUUAAAUUAAUUUUUGUUUCAGUGGAAUGGGAACCCCAAUUCCUUUUACAGAGGACUUCUGAUAAAAGUUAUGUUUAAUUGUACUUACAACAAGCAGACAGAAACUCGCUGCCUCAUGUUCAAAGCUGAAGGAACACAUCAAUGUUAGUUUCUUGAGAGUUUUUUUUCUUUUUUUUUUUGAAGUGCUUUGAGACUCUUCUUUCAAAUUUUUAGCCUCAUUGUGAGGUAGGUGCCAGUUCAGCUGAUAUCAGUGAUAAUCAAUUGAUGAUAACAUAAAAUGACAAGGCAAAAAUUUGUCAAACAGUGUUAUUAAAAACUUGUGUGCGUUUCAAAGAUGCAGUACUUUAUAAUGUUAAGUUUCAAGGAAACAUAUCUGUGUAAAAACUGUGUGCCCAUAUGGAUGUUUUCUAAGGUUGGAAAUUGGGAAAACUGUGUGAUGUUACAGGUCUGAGAUAUGUUUUUACACUUCUGUGGGGUAAGAUUCCUUUAGUGUAUACAUACCAUACAUUUAUAAGGUACUCAGUGACCCAGGCAUUUUUCCCUCAAGGUAAAAUAGCAAAAGGGUGCUUUUUACAGGAGGAAGGUUGGUCAUAAAAUGAGUUUACAUUAAAAGGAUACUUAGUCAAGUUCAUUGUCCUCUUUGUAAUGGUAUUUGACAAUGUUUCAUGGAAAACAACUGUUUGAUGUUUCAAGGUGAACUAAGAUGCAGACAGCCUGUUAGGACAGAGUGCAGACUAUAUAAAUUGUCCAAAAUACCAAACUUUUUAACACUAGAUGUACUUAAGACCUUACCUAAGGCUUAAACCACCUUUCUAUUAAGCAAUGUAGUCACUACCUGCUGAAUGCAGCACUUACAUUUAGUCUUUGUCACCACUAAUUGUUUCCCUUCUAAAUUCAGAUUUUAGCAUUUCUACAAGCACACCACCCAUCUCUAAGCCCACUUACACUUCAAGAGAGAAGAGCUUUGUUCAGGUAUUGUAUAAAUACAAAUAUUUAAACCAUCUGAAUGCGAAUUUUCCUUUAAAUUGAUGUAAAUACCAUUACAAUCUUUAUUAUUUCUAUGGAGACACUUGCUAAUUCAUUUUACUUGAUAUUUGAGUUGAUACUGAUCACUAAGGUUGAGGAAAAGCAAAAAAUUUCAUGUUCAUCCUUAAUUUUUUUAGAGAGAUAAAUAAUUUCACAAGGAAUGGUCCCUAUCUAUCAUGGGUGGAAGAUCAUAACUCAGGUUUUUCCAACUGGGCUGACUAAGAUCAAUAUUGAUUUGGGGCUAUUGGUUAUUUUUCGCUUGUCGCAGUGCCUCCUUCCACCCCCAGGAGUACUUGGGUUGCUGGCAUGCAAUUGUCAAUCAAAACCUGGUGAGAUAUUCGGAACCUCCCUAUGUUAGACUGGCAUUCCAUUGUGAAGAGGUUUCUGUAGCAACUUUUUUACUUGUCAGGCCUCCCCAUUGUAUUUGCCAGUAACCACAUUACCCCCAACCUACAGGAAGUGGUCAGUCAUUGUACACUUGGCCCUGACAGUUAUGUUUUAAUUUUUCUUGUAAUCAUUUCAUUCUUUAAACAGAUGUCAAAUGAAGAAAAUACAGAGACCAACAAUUCAUUGCCGACUGGUGAGUACUCAAAUGCCAAUGACAAGAAGAUCUGGAUUGCUGUUUCCUUGGGUCUGUCUGGUCUUGUUUUCAUUGCCAUCAUUGUUGUUGUUGUAUUUCUGGUGUUUAAGUAUCGAAGGAAUUGCAAGCAGGAAAGAACAGGUGUGUACAUUUGGCUUUUGUUUGAUUUACUGCAAUGGCGAUAUUAUGCAUGCAAAUAGAGGUUUGUGUUGUCAGUCUUUAAUUUCGUUCAAGAAGAUAUAUACACAUUUUUAUGAUCUCAGACUGAAAAUACAAUCAACAUUUGCAUGGAUGGUUUUUGUGCAAGAAAUUAUGCCAGUUAUUAAUGCUGAUACUUUCAACAUAUGUUGUAGCAGUAGUGUAUGUAUAGUGGUAGGGGGAAGGGGUUGGUGGUUGGUUGUCAGGGUGGUGUUAGUGGUAGUAGUAGUAAACUGUAUUUGAUUGUCAUUUGUUCUAUUAACACAGUGGUUGGCGAUGCCACUUUAACAGCACCUUGUGUGCCACUGUUCGUAGCACAAAGGACAACAACCUUUUUUCUAGUGCUAAACAGAAGUACAGCAAUAUGAACUCAAUUUGUGAAUUAGACAUGAUUCCUUAUGUUAACUGGAAAGUCAUUAUUAUCCUUCAGAAUCCCGUCGUCAUCCUUCAGAGCAGCCCUCUGAGUCAGCAGUUUGUUCUCCUUUGCAUGACUAUGAGUAUGUGCAUUAUCCAUGUCUGGUGAAUGGUUCAAGGAGUCCACAGAAAACUACGAGUAAGUAACAGCAAUGGUCGUAUCUUGUCUCAGUUUUUCCCUUUUUCCCCAAAACGGGUUACGUUACGAAACCAAACAACGGCUGCCCAGAAAACUAUUGCAUUAGUCUAGGCUGUGAAUAGGCUCCUGUAGAAGUAGAGACUGGCUUCACGUGGAGCGCGGCCAGUGGGUAAAGGGGAGCGAUGAAACUCUUUCACAUCCUUCAGACUGGGGUGUUGGCCAUAACAGGGUGUAGCUUAGGGGUACUUGUAGAGCAGAGUUCAUCAGUAUUUAACGUGGUAAUUUUUUUUACCCAAUUAAAACCUUAUUAUUGACCCAGAUCAUAUCUACUCCUCCAGAAAAUCCCUUGUAUGAAAGAGGUGAAGAUAAUAAGCUGAUCAUCUGGACACCAGGUCACAGUGGAACGCUCACUCGAUCUUCUGAGACUGCAGCACCACGCCUCCCUUAUCAGCGACUUCUGACACGAACAUCCUCAUCAACCCCUGACAGUGCCACAGGAGUUAGGCCAGUCAGUUCCCCUGUGAUGGAAACUUACUUUCCUUAUCAGAAGCUGAUCAGGGCUACAACCUCCUUGCCGAGGACAGCAGGCUCAUCAUCGUCUUACCCUGACUGUGCUAACGUGGUCAGCCCUGCCAAAUUUGCUCAAGUGGAGGAGGAGGUAUUUCCUUACCAGGAGCUGUUCAAGUCGACACCGUCACUAAAGGGGGAAGCACCUUGGCUCGAGUGUGGUCAAAAACGGGUGUCUGAGGCGGAGUCAAAUGACGAAGGAGUGUCUGUUGAGCCAUAUCAGUGUCUGUCUUUGCAGAGAAAUCAACCGGUAAGGUGUUCACGCGAUCAAACCCAAAUUCUCAGAACUGUAAAUCUAUGAAAUUGUUGUCAUUCUAGUUGAGAGAACUUGCAUAACAUAAAAGUUGCGAUAAGUGUUCUGGUUUACACAAAGGCUUCAAUGAAAGCCAGUUAAUGGCGGCCUACCGCUGCCCACAAGACCACUAACCGCCGUCUGUUUAGCUUCUGAGCAAGCUCUCUUGUUUGGAUUUCGCUUUGCGGCCCCUUUUCGGGCAUAGCUGCCGAUUACGCCAUUGACAGCUGCUUAUGGAAAAAGUCAUUCCUUACAUAUUCCUCGCGUUAUUGAGUGCUAUUGUUCAAAAAGUGUACAAAAUAUAGAGGGAUUAGAUAAAUGUUGUUUGAUGAUGAGUCAUUGCAGUAGAAAUAUGAUUAUGCAUUGUAACUGUCUGGGUGAGGAACAGAAUUCCUUUCCAAGGCUACUCCCACCAAAAGAUUCCUUCUACAUGUUCUACCUAGCUCUAUUCCUUUGACCCUUUAGACCCUAAGAGUGACCAGAAUCUAAAAUCUCCUUACAGUAAUACUAAUGAAUUAUUCAUUGAGGUCAUGAGAAUAACGGAAAUGAUCACCAACCUUAGAAGCGCCUGAUUGUAGAACAAAUUCUCUUAAUCAGUAUCGAUGGAAAUGUAAAGAGAAGGGUAUGGAGAAUACGGAUGUUGAUGUUGGGUUGUAAAGGUUCAAAGGACCGUCUGUCUUUUGCUAACAUAGCCUCAGUCUUUUCUCAACCUUUAGAGGUAAUCUAAAGGGGCUUCUUGAUCCUCGUGGUUUGGCCGUCAUAAAACUGGUCAAGUGCAUUGUUCAAUACAGAACAAAUGAUCGAAGCCUAAAUACAUUGCGAAGCUAAUCACUUCGGUAUCCAUUUACGAUCGUCUUCUGCUUUUUUUCCGUAGUACCCUUCAGACGAAUUUGACGGAUAUGCUAGAGUUGAGGAUGUGAAUCCUCAAACGGAGGACUUUGAGUACGAUUAUGCUCGUGUGGAGAUCGAUCCGGUUGAACUGCGCAAUCUUUUCCGAAUUUCACAUAGCGAUGAUGCUAUCGACAAUAUUCCGAACACUUGCAUGGAAAUAACGAUUGGCGAUCUGAGUAACACCGCAUCCACUACAAAAAUUCUUGUCAGCGAAUCGUCGUCUUCUCAGUCAUUCAAGGGUGAUCAUGAAACUUUUACGUGUGAGGAUGUCGAAGUAAGAAAGAAUGACUGUUGCGUGCACGGGAAUGAGGGUCUGAAACCGCAGGUUUUGCGUCCAGCAGCAUCUUAUGAGGAUUUGUCGGGGCGCCGCGUUGAGGAAUAUGAAGAAAUGGGAAAGAGAAGGAGUGUGUUGAUGGUGGAGGAUCAUGAACCAGUUGAGAUUGAAGAAGACAACGGCCACGAAUACUAUGUGCUUGAACCUGUGGUUGAGUGCGACGAAGGUAAAUCAUCUUUUUCGUUUGGUUGA